GCUGUAUUGAGGCCUUGCCGGCAUGGUAGGCAUGAUCAAACGCAACAAGCGUGGCCCGGCCUUCCGCAGCAUUUUGCAUUUUGAACCUUGGCAGCCUGGGACAAACUAGCGAUCCCGCUAUAGCUUCGAUGGCGACUCCAGCAUGCGUGCCGACGAUGCAGCCCAAUUCCCAGAUUCCGCAGGCCAUGGCCUCGCAGCAAUGCAUCGUCGCGAUGCUCGUGCCGGCCAUGCAAGUGCCCGCGCCAAUGGGAACAAUGCCCGGCUUUCCCAUGGGAGCCCAAGCUGUGGCAAUGUUCUGCACCCAGCCUAUGGCCAUGGGCACUCAGCCUAUGGCCAUGUGCACCCAGCCUAUGGCCAUGGCCACCCAGCCGGAAGGAUUGCAGCCCAAGAAAGAAUGGUCCUCAUUUUCUUCCUCUGAUUCCACGUCCGAUGAGAUCUCCCGAGCACCGACCUCCUUGUCCAGCAAGUCCUCCAGUUGGAAUGGGCCCGUGGCCGCCGGCCGCGUUUGGAACUCCGCGACGGCCUUCUUCAACGAGUACUCCUGCGAUGAGCUGCAAGUGCAGCUGGAAGGAGACGCCCAAGAGGUGGCGCUGGCCAUGCAGACCAUGGAGCACCACGUCUGGGACCUGUCGUGCCAUCCCCAGGGCUGCCGCCUUGUGCAGCUCGCCUUGGAAAGGAACCAGCGUCAGGCGGGCGUCCUCUCCAGCGAGCUGGAGGGCCACGUGUUGGAGGCGAUGGUGUCGCCCCAUGCUAACUACGUGAUACAGAAGGUCCUGACACAACUCACGUGGAGCGCAUGCAGUUUCGUGGCCACAGGGGCCUUGGGCCAUGGCACACAGAUGUCGCGGCACCGAUUCGGCUGCCGUAUCUUUUGCCGGCUCUUCGAGUUCCACGCAAGGCAGGAAGGAACUUUGCUGCUCGUGGAGGAGAUUCUGCAGGAGGCCGAGGAUUUGAGCUGCCAUCCAUUUGGCCACCAUGUGAUCCAGACCAUUUUGGAGCACGGCUGCCAGAAGCACCGCGACGCCGUAGCGGAAGUGAUCCUGUCCAACCCCAUGGGCUUCGCGCAGAACCAAAAUUCAAGCUAUUUGGUGGAGAAGGCCUUGCUCAAUUGUUCGGACGUUUUGCAGGAGUGGCUUCUCUCUGAGCUGAGUUCGAAUCUGACCACCUUGGCCCCAUCCCGCUACGGUUGCUAUGUUGCGCGAGCUGUGGUGGAGCACCCCAAGACGCAGCGUGAGGUGGCCAUGGCACAGGUCAUCGCCUGCGUCCCGGAGUUGCGGAAGACAAAGCACGGCCAGUUUCUGAUGUAUGACCUGGGCUUGGACCGCCGGAAUCGUAGGAAGUGAGGUCUUGCCAUUUGACUCGCGGCAAUCCCCUUGGGAUGUCUCCUCGCCACAGGGCGACAGGCGCGUGGCAGACGCAAUGUGGCUGCCUAAUUCAACCCUGCAUGUGUCGGAUUGUUGGACAUCCGCACGGUAGCGCCGACCAUUCUUUGACCGCGCGCCGGGUAGCCAUUCCAUCAAAUUGUUGCGGCGACCCGGCCUUCGCAUGUGAGCGCCACCGGUUUCUUCUCCUGCUAAGGCUCCGGAAGUGAAAGUCAAGCAACU